AUGUUUCUUCUGACUUCAGUCUUGGUAGCAGUUGUCUGCCUUUUGAUGGUGUGGAUCUUUCAAAAUGCUGAUGGAGGAACCCAGAGAAGGAAGGGGGAGCCUAGAGCCAGGGCCGAGGCUCGCCCCUGGGUGGAUGAAGACUUGAAAGACAGCACUGACGUCCACCAGCUGGAAGAAGACGCUGAUGACUGGCAAGUGUCAGAGGAAGAGGUGGAACACAUCCCAUUCUCCCACACCCGGUAUCCUGAGAAGGAAAUGCUUAUGAGAUCCCAGGAAUUUUAUGAACUUCUCAAUAAGAGACGGUCUGUUAGAUUCAUAAGUAAUGAGCAAGUCCCAAUGGAAGUGAUUGAUAAUGUCAUCAAAGCAGCAGGAACAGCCCCAAGUGGGGCCCACACAGAGCCCUGGACCUUUGUGGUUGUGAAGGACCCAGACGUGAAGCAUAAGAUUCGGGAGAUCGUUGAGGAGGAAGAGGAAAUAAACUACUUGAAGAGGAUGGGACCUCAAUGGGUUUCAGACCUGAAGAAACUGAGGACCAACUGGAUUAAGGAGUACUUGGACACAGCGCCUAUUUUGAUUCUCAUUUUCAAACGAGUACACGGUUUUGCUGCAAAUGGCAAGAAAAAGAUCCACUACUAUAACGAGAUCAGUGUUUCCAUCGCAUGUGGCAUCCUCCUAGCUGCCCUGCAGAACGCGGGACUGGUGACUGUCACGACCACUCCUCUCAACUGUGGCCCCCGUCUGAGGGUGCUCCUGAACCGCCCUGCAAAUGAAAAGCUGCUAAUACUGCUCCCUGUGGGGUACCCCAGCAAAGAGGCCACGGUGCCUGACCUCACACGGAAACCUCUGGAUCAGAUCAUGGUGACUGUGUAG